AUGCAAUAAUUCUAACAAAUUUAAGAACCUGAUUGUUUCAUUUGUGCUUGCGGUUUCUCUUGUCAAUACAUAAAGGAGAAGGAAAUGGAAAUGCAUAUCGAUUCUUGCCCUGUAUAUAGUGCUUACAGCGAAUUUAUGAAAUAUAUUGAGAGGAAGGAUAUUUAAAAUGCAAAUGAAGAUCAACUUAGAAUAAUGAAAGCAGAAGCAAAAGUGUACGUAUCCAGAUUAGAGAUGAUGCUAAUGAUUUAUUCUCAAUAAUAAUAACCUAUGUUACAGAAGGCUCCUUCAUAAACAGUUCAAUGCGAAAAAUGCAAGAAGCAGUUCGAAGCCAAUUCCGAUUUUGAUAAGGUUUGGUAUUUAGAAAAUUGUUCACAUAUCAUAUGCAAAGAUUGCAUGUUGAAUAUUUGUAAAGACGACUUUUUGCCCAAAAAAAGCAAUGUAACUUGUGUAUGUGGGGAGAGAUUCAAGGACGAGGAGAUUAAAUAAAUCUUGGGAAGAGACCUAUAUGAACAAUUGACCGAGAAACUGAAUUUGUCAUUAUAGAAUAUUAUCGAAUGUUGUCAUUGCAAGGAACGAUUCUGUUUCCAGAAAGGCAAUAUAGAGGAAAAGAUAUAGGAUUAGAAUGGAAAAUUGGUGCAGGGAUAACAAUUGAAACAUUACAUUGAAAAUAGGUUUAAAUGCUCUAAGUGUCAUACUGAGUAAUGUAAGAAUUGUAUGAGCAUACCAUAUCACACAAACAUGACUUGUGAAGAAUAUAAAAUUAAUAAGGCAGCAGUAAAAUGCAGAUUAUGUGAGUAACCAACAGAAAUAUAAAAAAAUCAACCUGAAGCAUUAUAAACAAUAUGUUCACAACAGGAGUGUCAAAAUAGAGCUAAAAAUUUAUGCACUCUUAAAUUAGCAUGUGGACAUUUUUGUCAAGGAAUAAAGAACACUCCUUGUUUGCCCUGUCUGAAUGAGAAGUGUGCCAAGGAUUAAAAUGAAGAAGACUAUUGUAAUAUAUGCUUUACAGAAGGAUUAAAAUCACAACCUUGUGUUUAGACUACGUGUGGACAUAUAUUCCAUGAAGAUUGUUUAAGAUAAAAGUUAGAGGCUAAAUGGAAUGGUCCAAGAAUUGUAUUCAACUUUAUGAAAUGUCCUUUAUGCAACAAAUUUUUGGAUAUCCAAGUGCCUCAUUUCAAGAAGUCUAUUGAAUAAGGGUAGAUUUUAUUGAAAGAAGUGCAAGAAUUGUGUUUACAGAGAUUGAAAUUAGAGGAAAAAGAGAAGGAUAAAGAAUUAUUGGAUCCUACUCAUUAGUUCUUCUAAAAACCAUUGGAUUAUGCCAUGCAUAUCUAUUGUUAUUAUUUGUGUUUCAAAUGCAAAAAACCAUAUUUUGGAGGAUUGAAAAAUUGUUAAUAAGCAGCAGAUCAAGAUCCAAAAGUAGAGUUCAAGUAGGAAGACUUAGUUUGCACAAAAUGCUGUCCAUUGUUGACUCUUGAGGAUAAGUGUAAUAAACAUGGAGUUGAUUAUAUUGAUUUCAAAUGUAGACAUUGUUGUUCAAUUGCAUUAUGGUGGUGUCAUGGUACAACUCAUUAUUGUGAUCCUUGUCAUAGAAACAUCAAAACUAAUAUGACCAAACCAUGUCCAGGAGUAGGAAAAUGUCCUUUAGGAAUUCCCCAUAAGCCUAAUGGUGAGGAAAUGUCGUUAGGUUGUUCUUUAUGUAGAGCAGAAAGGUUGAAAGCCAAAUGA